UUUCCAGAAUUUUCCCUCCAGUUCCAGAAGGGCGUUUUUCCCUUGGUGGAGGGAAACCCUCCGCUACCCUUUGGCCCGUCCAACCUUGAAAAUCGGUAGCGCGGUCUAUCAUUUUUCUCAUUAAAUAAAAUGGAGUUUUAGCAGGAGUUAAACCUCUUGGUGGGUUUUUUUCUCCUUUUUUCCCACUUUUUUUUUCGUCCCCGCCGAGGUUUUUUUGCGUAUCGACGCCUCGUUAACACCGGGAGGAAAAGACCGCCCCGGGGGUGCCAAACGGGCGCGGAUAAGUUUACACCGAAUUUUCCCUUACGAAAAUCGGGAGUUUUUUUUUUUAAAUAACGCGCCUUAUUGUUUUAUAACCUUUUUUCCAUCACGGAUUUUUUUUUACCCCGACAGAACCGGCGGAUUACAUGUUUGUUAAUCGCCGAGGGAGAGGACAGGGAUCGGCGGACGGCCCUAAGGAAAUCGAAAGAAAUGGAACGGGAGGCGAACUACGGAAGAAAAUAACCGGUGAAUAACAGAUCAUUUGACAAAAAAACAGAAAGAAAAAAAAAUGGAGAGAACGUUCUCAAAAUAAAGGAAUGGAAGGAAUCGACUUGUCAAAAGUAUGCAGGCUCUGCCUCAAGGGGGAGGAGGUGAUGUGUCCGAUAUUCGGAGUCGGCGCCUCGCAACCGGCGCACGGUGAGGCGUCCCUCCCUCACCGAAUCAUGUCCUGCGCCCAGGUGAAGCUGGCCGAAGGUGACGGCCUACCAAACAGCGUCUGCGCCAGUUGCCUGAACCAGGUCGACCGGUCCUACCAGUUCAAACUACUCUGCGAACGUUCGGACUCGGCCCUACGAGCCAGUCUGAAGUCGGAACAGAGCUCGGACACGGAGUCUCUAGAGGGCGAGCCCUGGGAUAUGAACAAAUUCACGCCUGAGGUCAUUAUUAAAGAAGAUUCCGAAGAAAAUAAUUUGAAUGGAGGUUAUGUCGAACAAAUUCAUAACGAAUUCAACUUGGUUGCCCCACCUUUGUACCCGAUAGCAACGAUCGCACAGGAUUCUACAGUUAAACAAGAUAACGGGGCGAUAUUGUUACCGCAGAUACAGGAACAGGCGCAAGUAAAAUCGAGAAGGUGCCGCGGUGGAGAUAAACUCUUCAAGUGUAGGCAGUGCAACAAGUCAUAUUCGUUUUCAUCUGCUUUGAGCCGACACAAGGCCGUUCACAACACGGCCCUCAGGCCGCACGUCUGCCAGAUCUGCAACAAAGGCUUCACGCAGGUUGACAAGCUCCUUCGCCACCAGAAGACGCACACGAUGGACACGUUCCUAUCGUGCGACCUCUGCAACAGGCCGUUCAAGUCCUUCCCGGCUUUCCAGAAGCACAAGAUGUCUGAGGGUUGCGAAGUCACGCUGGCCAAGUGCGGCCAGUGCGCUUCACACGUAGUCGAAGGCGAGGCGCAUAUAUGCACCCAGGCGGAUGCCCAGCCGGCCGCCGUGGCCAUCCAGGCUGAACCUCAAUCAUCCGAAGACGCCCAGGAGCAAGACGCUCGACGUCCUACAGGCAAAGGCAGGCCAGAGUUCAAAUGUACGGUCUGUAUGAAAAACUUUGCGACAAGGGGCAGCCUCGAGGUACAUUCGACGAUACACACUGGCGUCAGGCCGUUCGUCUGUUCUGUUUGUGAUAAGUCUUUUAGACACAAGGUCAACCUGAUGGAGCAUUUUCAAAGGAAACACUCUCAAGUGAGGCCUUACAUCUGUGAUGUGUGCGCGGCAAGAUUCGUGACAAAACAAGAACUAGUCCGCCACUACAAGAAGCACAUUGGUGAUUAAAAAUUAAAAAGGAAAAAAAAAGCACCGUUAAGUCUUAACAUCACUGUUUUAAAAAUCGUAACAAUCAAAGAGAACAAACAAAAUAUGCUUUUUUUAAUGUUAAUUUUAUUAUUAAUUGUUAAAUUUUUUAAAUGUUAAAUGUUGAUUUUUUAAAUUUGAAUGUGUCGGAUGGUUAAUUCAAACUAAUUAAUUAAUUAUAUCUUAAUAAUUAAAACAAAAAAGAAUCACAAUAAUUUUUUAGGCGAUUUUAAAUAAAUCUUUAGGACCUAGUAGACCUUAGACCUAAAUACAAAAAAAUAAUGAAAUACAAUACAAUGUAGAAUUGUGAUUUUUUUAAACAAAAGAUUAUAUGCAUAAAAAAAUUAAAAUACACAACGAUGAGUUAAAUAAUAAAUUUUUCAAUUUUGAAUUUACCGUGAUAGCAAUUAAAUUUUGGGGGAAAAAAUUGAAAUACUAUUGAACUGAAUUAAUUAUAUUUGUCAUGCUGUCCGUGUAAUAAAUCGUCAUUCGAUGAGGGCAUUACGUCCAAAUUGUCGUGGUGAUUUUUUUUUUUUUUUUCUUUCUAUAUACAACAAUUGAAUAUAGCGAGAGAGAAAAUUUAUAUCGGUAGCGUUAACAGUAGUGCCUAUUAACGUAAAAUUAGAUUUAAAAAACAAAAGAAAAAAAAUAAAGACCCAUCUGUGCCUAGAAUAGUUCGGCUAGUCUGGUGUUAUUUCUGCCCGUAUAGUUCAAAAGAUAAAAAAAUUAUUUCAAUUUUUUUAUUUUAUUUUAUUUUUUAUUUGUCUCUCUACCCGCCCUAAAGGCCUAUUAAUACUCACAAAAACACACAAAAAAAUUAUGUAGAUUUUUAUCGCCUUAGCUUUUAGAAAGAAAAGAGGUGAAAAUCUGUGGGGCGGCGCAUGAGUUUUCCCUUUUAAAACUUUUUUUUAUUAAAUAAAAUAUAUAUUUAUAAGAGUUAAUAUUAACAUUAUUAUAUAUUAAAAUGAUAAUAAGUAUACGAAGGAAGGGAGAUUUUGUAACAAAUGGCAUCGUUAGGUACCUGGCUUUUUAAAUUUUUAUUUUUUAAAUCAUCGUAACAAUUUUUUUUUCAAUCGUCCUCGGGCUUCCGGUUUUUUAAAUUUUGUUUUUAAUUCUGUCUUACGAUGAAGGAUUGGAUUUUGAUAUGUGAUAAGUCGGCUGUAUUUUUCAUGUGUGUGUCUGUGUGUGCAAUUUUUUUUUUUUUCCUUUCGAUAUAAUGAAAUAUUUGUUUUUCAUUUUGUAAGGGAAAAAAUUUUAAGUUAGAUUUUUUUAUAGGGUAUUCGAGAUAUGGAAUUCGGCCUCGAUUUGAAUCUUCAUUUCUCUAAGGGGGGGAAUAGUUUCAAAAAUCGUCCAGCCGUUUUUUUUUGUUUUUUAACCCUUUUAGCUGUGGUUCGGAAGGCUAGUGAUUAAAAAAAUUAAUAAAUAAAAAGCUCCAUUUUUUAAAGGUGAUAAUCGGCGAGUUUUGAACUUUUAGGCAAAGAAAACUUUUUAAAAAGUUUUCCAAAUCGUGACAUUUUCUUAAUGUUGUCUACGAAGUGAACAACCUUCAAAUUUGGUCAUUACCGAAUUUGACCUGCUUAUCUUCACUAAUGUUUCGGCAGCCAUCCUCGUGUGUAAGUUAAUCCAUCCCUGAAUUGAAAAUGGACAUACAAAUGAGAUAUUUUCUUUUUACGUGCCGAGAGUUCAACCUCGUAGUUAAAAUAUCCUCGUAUAAAGAAAAAAAAACACCUUUUAACAACUUUCAAAAUGGAACUUCCAAUGAACGUGUGGAUUAUUAUUUUUUCUUUUUUAUAUUAAAUGUUUUAAAUCGGUAGCUAAAGGGUUAAUAAUCCACCCCCUGUUGUUUUAAUUCAAUCCCCCCCCCUUCCGCGGUGCUAUGACGGAAAGAUAAAAACCGAAUAAUAAAUUUAGACUAGAUAGUAGGACAAUAUAUAAUACAUUUUUAUAUGUAGGAAACAAAGUAAAUGUUUAACCAUUUAAAAAUUAUUUGUUAAUCAGUAAUGAUUCUUUUUUUUUCUUUUUUGUAAAUUUUUAUUUAGUGCCUUUGUAUUGUUCUAAAUUUGUUUCUUUUCCGUCCUGAUAAAAAAAAAAGAUUUUGAUAAAGGAAAUCAGUCUUCCACGUUAAAAUUUAUUGUUAUAAAAAAUAAACUUAAAUUUUCAUUGUAAUUUUUCUAAAAGAAAAUCAUAAUUUUUUAUUUCUUCGUUGAUUUUAUUUUAAAUCUUUUAUCUUUUUCAACCAUUCAAUGCCACAGGUGCCAGACUGAGUCGCGUGCGGGAUAUUUCUCUCUAGCACGUCCUAGUCAGACGCCAGAUAUCUCAACCGGUAUGAAAUGAAGAUCUCAAGCUUCCGCCUGUAAGUUUGUCAUUUCUUAAAAGUUACUUCUUUGAGACGCGCAUGUAGGUGGCGUCCGUUUAUCAAAUUUAUUCCAAAUCGUUUUCAUUUCAAAGAUCCGUAGAAUUUUUUUAAAUAUAUCUUUUAUUUACAAUUUCAGAGAUUUCAAAACAUUGAAUUCAUUUUCUAGUGUUUUUUUAAAACUAUUUGUAUUUUGAUGAUUGUGUUGUUCAAAGGCACCAAAACAACCACGGUUUAUAUUUUCAGCCGCUUCGUUUAAGAAACAGACCCUGUUAACAUUAUUUAAAAAAAAUCACUUUUGAAUAUUGAAAAAAAUUAAUAAAUCAGGAUUGAGGUAGUGAGUAAACCGUGUUUCAAAGGCCUGAAGCCGAGACCUGUGGCGUGAAGGGAAUUAUCAAAAAUAAUAAAUACUAGAACGUAUGUAUAAUAAAACAUAGAACUAUAUGAAUUAAAAAUAUUUAAAAGGAAAAAGAAUAAAAUGGAUUUAUACGUUGUAAUGCAGUAUUUAUCAUGUUAGAUGGGUAAAAAAAAAUUUUAAAAAAUAAUCUGAGCAUGUUGGAUUUUUAUUUAUUUAUUUAUUUUUUUUAAUACACUCCCAGUCAAGAAAAAAUCUCAAAAAUCACUGGCUUUAAUGAUUGCAUCCAUUUUUUUUUUUGGCCAUAUUCAUUAUAAAAAAAUUUAUUCUGAGUACCAUUCCUGAAAUUCAGCCAGCUCUGAAACUUGUCUUAAAAGUAGUUCAAGGCCCGAUCAUUAUAAGCAAUGAUAGUCUUAAGAAAAUCAUAAAAGGCACUACACAAUCUAGAAUCAUGUCUACAAGCCUUUCAAGAAAUCCUUCCCCCUCAUCCUCGGAAAACAGAACCUUUUCCAAACGUCAUUUCCAACUCGCUCCAUCAAAUAAUACGGCUUAUCGGAUCGGAUUUCUUUUUGACCUUUCUUCUAACUGUCGACUCCAGAUUUUUCAGAAUACCAGCAAGUUUUUAAUCAGAAGCUGUUGAAUUGUGUUUCCACUUUAAUAAAUGGUAUUCGUAUAAAUUUAGCCGUUUUUUCUACCUGUGCAUUUUUAUAGCUCUUUAAACUGACUAACCAUGAGGAGAUUAGUGAUGUAGAGUGAUGACAAAAAAAUUAUAGAGUAAAGAAAAUUGCAAUAAAUGGCCACCCAGGGUUAACAAAAGGUAAAAACCGGCUGGAAGGAACCGAGAAAAACUGAUCUUUUAUUUAAAUCUCGUGAUUUAUAGUUGUUGCGAUUUCUUUGAUAGGGAGUGUAUCAAGUUGGGUUUCAGGCCAAUGCGAAAUUUA